AUGCAUGAUAUUACUUUGGAUCGUAUUAACAAUUUUUCCUUUUCUUUCUUUUUGCAGGAAUUAGCUAUCUCUUACAACCAGAAUUUGCUCAAAGUAAUUGCUUUGUUGAUCGAGAGUGAAUGCUUGGAUCCAAACAGGGAUAGACAACUAAUGAGAAUUGAUCGAGGUCGUGGAUGGCGCCAUACGAUGCAAAUGAUAAAUGGCCAUGAUCGAGAAUGUUUCGAAACUCUACGAAUGCAUCAAGAAACUUUCCAACUAUUAUGUGGUACAUUGAAGAAAGAUUAUGGACUACGAGAUUGUCGAGAAUGUGGAUUAGAAGAAGCUGUUGCGAUGUUUCUUGAAACUGUUGCACAUGACGAAGUCCAACGAACAAUUGCAACACAUUAUCAACGCAAUCAAGAGACAGUAAAUCGAAAGUUUCAUGAAGUUUUGGAUGCACUGGUUCGCAUGUCUCAAGAUAUUAUAAAGCCUGAAGAAAACGAACUCCGACAGGUAAAUCCCAUUUUGUCAGCUGAUAGAAGGUAUUAUCCUUUUUUUAGUGGUUGCAUAGGAGCUCUUGAUGGUACACAUGUGGCAGUAAGAGUUGGAAGUGAUAAGAAAGAAAAGUAUUGGAACUUACGUAAGCAACAUCCUACCAUGAACGUGCUUGCGAUUUGUAACUUCAAAAUGGAGUUUAUAUAUACAUAUGUGGGAACACCAGGAAGGGCACACGAUUCGAAGAUAUUGACAUAUUGUGCGCAAAACGAUGAAUAUUUUCCAACUCCACCUGAAGGAAGAUAUUUUCUCGUUGAUUCAGGAUAUCCUAAUAGAAAAGGAUAUCUUUCUCCGUAUCGUCGAACCCGAUAUCAUCCGCAUCAAUGGCCAGGAGGACCACCAACAAAUGAGAAUGAAAUGUUUAAUAAACGUCAUUCCUCUUUGCGUUCUGUUGUUGAGCGAACAUUCGGUGUAUGGAAAGGAAAGUUUGCUAUCAUCAGGAAUCCAGCACACUAUGAUCUUCAAACGCAUUGUAAGAUUGUUGCAGCGACUAUGACAUUGCAUAACUUCAUACGAAGAUCAUCAAGAAUUGAUAAAGAUUUUCAAGAGUAA